AUGCCUUCGCUUGUCGGUCGUGAGGUCGGCGAAACUGGUUAUGGGUUGAUGGGAAUGACCUGGAGGCCACAGCUUCCAUCGCUGGAACAAUGCGGGAAUUUCUGGAAUGGAGGAGAGCUCUACGGGACUCCCGAGUACAAUUCGAUGCAUGUGCUUAGGCGGCGGCGCAGCGUCGAUGAGUGUCUACGGGUCUUGGAUAGAACAAAGACGAUUGAUAUCUUUGAAUGUGCGAGACAGGACCCGACAACUACUGUGGAGCACACGGUUACUGUUCUCGCCCAGCUGGUUAAGGAAGGCAAGAUCGGAGGGAUUGGAUUAAGUGAAGUAGAUGCGGAGACGAUUCGACGAGCGAACAAAAUUCAUCCCAUCGCAGCGGUCGAGGUUGAACUAUCUCUGUGGGAUACCAGCAUCCUCACCAACGGCGUGGCUGAAACCUGCGCAGAGCUGGGCAUCUCUGUUGUAGCCUACUCGCCUUUGGGGAGAGGAAUAUUGGCAGGCGCCUUCACUAAAGUCUCCGAGCUUCACGACAGUGACUUCCGCAAGCACCUGCCGAGGUACCAGGAUGCAGCUAUGACCCAGAAUGUCAAGCUUCUGAACGAGGUUAAUGACCUAGCUGCUCGCAAAGGCCUCGCCCCUAUACAGGUUGCUCUGGCUUGGAUUCUCACAUUGAGCGGGAAACCUGGCAUGCCCACAAUUAUCCCUAUCCCCGGUGGUACAACCACGGAUAAAGUUACUCAGAAUUUGCAGGGAGUCCCUCAUCUCUCCGACGCGGAUAUGGCAGAGAUCGAUGCUAUUCUUGAACAAAACAAGAUCACGGGAGCUCGAUACUGAGGUUUACACCUAGCAAUAAACGACAUCCUCCCUGACAAUCUACCCCUGUGACCUAGUAACAUGGUCGCAGCUAGGCGUUACGUGUAUAGACCUGGAAAAGCUUCUAUGUUAGCUCAAUCUACUAAACACCAUUAAAGAAAAUCAAUGGAUAAGAAGUAUAAUCAGAUCAAGUGUAGAAGGGUCAACAUGCAAUCUCACAAAGUCUGGAGAUCGUCGGAAUUGCAGAAUUCUUAAUGGAUUCAUCAUUGACGGGAAAUAAACAGUCGAAUUGGCAUACUUUU